UGAAUCAACAAAAGGAUCGAAUUUAAGGUUAAAUAUGAAGGUUUUUAUUCUUAUCGCUUUGACCUCUUGCGUGGCAGUAGCUUGGAGUAAGCCACAGGGAACUUACACUGACAAAUGGGACCACAUCAAUAUCGAUGAAAUUUUAGAAUCCCAGCGUCUCUUGAAAGGUUACGUUGACUGCUUAGUUGAUAAAGGUCGUUGCACAUCUGAUGCUAAAGCCCUUAAAGAAACUCUCCCGGAUGCAUUGGAACAUGAUUGUAAGAAAUGUACCGAAAAUCAAAAGAGCGGUGCCGACAAAGUUAUUAAGCAUCUGGUAAACAAACGGCCUGAUUUAUGGAAGGAACUAGCAGCCAAAUAUGAUCCCAAGGACAUCUAUCAACAAAAAUACAAGGACAAAAUUGACUCAGUAAAGCAGGUCGCUUAAUGCUUUUCGGCUGCUAGAACUAUUUUGAAAAAUGAAAAAUAUAAAAUUCGUAAAUUUAUUUAAU